UCUGUUCUAAACAUUAAAUUAAGCUCUGAGUGUGUUUAAGCUAACACCGGGUACCCAUGACAGCAGAUACCGUAGUGUGAAAGCCUAAAAACUCUGAAAUUACGUAUUUAUCAUCUCAAUGUGACCCGUGUCCGCCAUAUCCUUACAAUGAGAUGGCACGGCUGCAGUCAUUUCUCUGUACAGGAGGCACGCGCCAGGCGCUCGCGGAGGAGCGAUACGUCAACCAUCCGGUGAAAAAGAGAAAAGUCACUCUGGGGUCGAGUGCUUAACUGCGACAAAAGACUAAAGAUGGCUGAGGACAUUAAAGCUAAACUGGAGAAUUACCGCACUGCCCCCUUUGAUGCUAGAUUCCCCAACCAGAACCAGACCAGGAACUGCUGGGCCAACUAUGUUGACUACCAUCGCUGUCAGAAAGCUUUGACUGCUAAAGGAGCAGACAUAAGCCCUUGUGAGUGGUACAGUAGGGUCUACAAGUCCCUCUGCCCCGUGGCUUGGGUAGAGAAAUGGGACGAGCAGAGGGAGGCGGGGACCUUUCCUGGAAAAAUCUGAGACUGCCAUGCCCGUAGGCCUUUGCCUCCCCAGACUGUCAGCUAAAUGUUUGUAUCAGAGAUGCUCUUCAUCGUUGCUGUUCCACCACUCCUGACCCAGGAGCACACUGACCUGAAUGGUCAUUCCCAACAGCCGCUAAUUGUGCAUUAAAAAUUCUCAGGAUGUAUGUACGGAG